CGUGGAGGUCCAGCACUCUGUCUUCAGAGUUAAUUCAAUAAUACGGUGCAGACAGCAUUUGAAGCCGCACACAUGGCGAAGCAAAGCUCCCUUUUCAAUUUUUUCACCAAGUCUCCGCCGCCGGUCUCCAAGCCGAAGCCCAGUCCGUCUCCGGCCGAGGCAGACCUACCGUCCUCCGUGGAGAAGUCCAACUCCUCUCCGAAGGAGCAAGCUAAACAGACACCGCAGCAACAACCAGCCAAGACCAACAAAAAUAAACAGAAAAGUAACGACAAGUCUAAGAAAGUUGGGUUCAGCAAACUGUUUGGCGACAAGGCCCCGGCAGCCCAACAAAGCAGCAACACAUGCUCAUUCAGUGCUGGUGCCCUUGUGUGGGCAAAGCUGGAGGGACACCCCUGGUGGCCGUGCAUGGUGGUACCACAGCCUCUGACUGGGCAGCAGAUGAGGGGCCGCGGUCGGGACCAGCGCAUACAUGUCCAUUUCUUUGAUGAACCUGCUACUAGAGGAUGGGUCAGCACCAAAUAUAUCAGAGAUUACCAAGGCUCAGACAGCAGUGAUGCUAAAAUAGGAGGCGUGUACUUCAGCGGGAAACCUGUAAUCCGUCGUGCAAUGGAGCUUGCUGAUGGCGUUAUGUUUGACAGCCGUGAAGAAAGAUUGAAGAUGCCUCUCUGUAUGGAUCCAUCUGAUGAGGAAGAGGAGGAGGAUGAAGAAAUGGAGCUUGAUCAGUCAACAUUGACAGAUGAAGACGUUAGUGAUGAAGAAGAACCGAAAAAUGAGAAAGUCAAAUCACCCAAGGUCAGGCGGCGGUCAUCCCGUGCGUCAACAGAAAACGGAAAUAAGUCCAAGCGCCGCCGCAUAAUUGUGGCAUCGGACAGUGACGGAUCAGAUGAGGAAUUCAAACCAGAACAGGCUGCGUCCAGCAGUGAGGAGGAGGACGAGGAGGAGGAAGAAGCAACCGUGAGCAGUGAAGAGGAGGAAGAGGAGAGCACACAGGAGUCAGAAGCAGACAGCCCCAUCAAGCCUGUAAAGCGCAAACGCCCUGCAGAAAAACCUGCUCCUACAAAAGCCAAGCUGCCUGCUACUCCGUCCGCUGCACCAAAGCGAGCUCCAGCAGCUCUUGCAGCUGACACAAAGUCUCGCCUGUCUGCCUUUUCUGCCCCUGAUAACUUUGAGAGCCAGGCAAACGGAUCAGGCAGCGGUGGAGGUGCCACAACUUGGGACCAUGACAAGCUGGAGUGGUUGCAUGAAGGCAGGAGGAAAGAUCGCAAAAGGCGGCGACAAUCAGAGGAAGACUACGAUCCAACCACUCUAUAUGUGCCAGAAGACUUUAUAAACCGAGUCACUCCUGGUAUGCGUCGCUGGUGGCAGCUCAAAUCUGAGAUGUUUGAUACGGUCAUUUUCUACAAGGUGGGAAAGUUUUAUGAGCUCUACCACAUGGACGCUGUGGUUGGAGUCAACGAGCUGGGACUGACAUUCAUGAAGGGGACCUGGGCGCACUCAGGCUUCCCAGAGAUCGGUUUUGGCCGUUUCUCAGAUGGAUUGGUCCAGAAAGGCUACAAGGUGGCUCGUGUGGAGCAGACCGAGACCCCGGAGAUGAUGGAAGCACGUUGUAAAACCAUGUUUAAGCCCACAAAGUUUGACCGUGUGGUGAAAAGAGAGGUGUGUCGGAUUAUCACACGUGGUACCCAAACGUACAGUGUGUUGGAUGGUGCUCCCUCCGAGAGUCAGAGCAAGUUCCUGCUGAGUUUAAAGGAAAAGGCUGAGGAGGAAAGCUCGGGCCGCUGCCGUACCUACGGAGUCUGCUUUGUAGACACCUCUGUGGGUUACUUUCAUGUCGGACAGUUCCCCGAUGAUCGGCACUGCUCACGUCUGCGCACUCUGAUUGCACACUUUGCACCCGCCGAAGUGCUCUUUGAAAAGGGGAAUCCAUCUGUUGAAACGCGCAAAAUCCUCAAGGCCUCUUUGUCCUCAGCUCUGCAGGAAGGACUUAAUGCAGGCACGCAGUUCUGGGAUGCUCAGAAGACUCUGAAAACCUUUUCAGAAGAGGAUUACUUCAGAGAGACUGCUGGCAAGGAUCAGGGGACAGGGAACAACUUUCUACCUGCUGUUCUGAAAAACAUGACCUCUGAGAGUGAUUCACUGUGCCUUACGCCUAAAGAUGGCUAUGAGCUCGCACUGUCAGCGCUGGGUGGAUGCAUUUUCUACCUGAAGAAAUGUCUUGUAGACCAAGAGCUGCUCUCUUUGGCCAACUUUGACGAAUAUGUCCCCGUUGAUGUCGAGCUGGAGAAAGCUGCUGGACCCGCCAGUUUCUUUGCCAAGACUCGUCAGCGGAUGGUGCUUGAUGGAGUGACUUUGGCAAACUUGGAAAUCUUUCAGAACGGGUCUGGAGGAACAGAAGGGACCCUGCUGGAGCGUCUGGACACCUGCUGCACCCCGUUUGGUAAAAGGCUGCUGAAGCAGUGGCUCUGUGCUCCUCUGUGCAACCCCACAUCCAUCAAGGACAGACUGGACGCAGUGGAAGACCUGAUGGGAGCUCCGGCCCAGGCUGCUGAGGUUUCAGACCUGCUGAAAAAGCUCCCAGAUUUGGAGCGUCUUCUGAGUAAAAUCCACAGCAUCGGGACUCCUCUGAAGAGCCAGGAUCACCCCGACAGCAGAGCCGUUCUCUACGAGGAGGUCACCUACAGCAAGCGCAAGAUAGUAGACUUCCUCUCAGCACUGGAAGGUUUCAAAACUAUGCAGGAGAUUAUUACUGUCCUCGCUCCAGUUUCUGGUGAAUUCCAAUCCACAUUGCUGCAUCAAGUUGUCAGUCUGAAAGGUGAAAAGGAUGGCCUCUUCCCCGACCUCUCUGCUGAACUCAGGCGCUGGGAGACAGCCUUCGACCACCAGAAAGCCCGCACUACUGGUGUCAUAACCCCCAAAGCCGGCUUUGAUCCGGAGUUUGACCAGGCUCUGACUUCAAUCAAGAGCUGUGAACGAGAGCUGCAGGAUUACCUGGACAGGCAGAAGAAGAGGCUUGGCUGUAAAAACAUGUCCUAUUGGGGAACUGGGCGAAACCGCUUCCAGAUGGAGGUGCCUGACAGCGUGUCCGAGAGGAAUAUUCCAGAGGAGUACGAGGUCAAGUCUACAAAGAAAGGCUGGAAGAGAUACGUGACAAAAGAAAGUGAACGGCUGUUCUCAGAGCUGCAAGGAUUUGAGGAGAAGAGAGAUGCUGCGCUGAAAGACUGCAUGAGGAGGCUUUUCUACAACUUCGACAAGAACUACAGAGACUGGAAGACUGGGGUGGAGUGCAUGGCAGUAAUUGAUGUGCUGCUGGCCUUUUCACGCUACAGUCAGGGCGGAGAUGGAGCAAUGACCAGGCCACAGGUGGUGCUCCCUGAGGGUGAUGACCAGGUAGGGCCCUUCCUUGACCUCACUGGAUCCCGUCACCCCUGUGUCACCAAGACCUUUUUCGGCGAUGACUUCAUUCCAAACGACAUCUACAUUGGCUGCUCUGGUAGCAGUGAAACUGAUGAGAACAAAGAGGACGCCUCUUGUGUCCUCGUCACAGGGCCAAACAUGGGCGGAAAGUCUACUCUCAUGAGACAGUGUGGACUUGUGAUCAUCCUCGCCCAGCUGGGUUGCUAUGUUCCUGCUGAGAGCCUGCGCUUCACACCAGUUGAUAGAGUCUUCACUCGACUGGGAGCCUCAGAUCGCAUCAUGGCUGGCGAGAGUACUUUCUUUGUGGAGCUAAGUGAGACUGCCAGCAUCCUGCACCACGCCACUAAACACUCGCUUGUGCUCCUGGAUGAAUUAGGAAGGGGCACAGCCACAUAUGAUGGCACAGCGAUUGCCAGUGCUGUUGUGAAGGAGCUUGCUGAGAAGAUCUGCUGUCGAACUCUCUUCUCUACACAUUACCACUCCUUGGUGGAGGACUACGCCAACAACCCUGCUGUGCGGUUGGGCCACAUGGCAUGCAUGGUAGAGAACGAAUGUGAGGAUCCAAGUCAAGAGACCAUCACAUUCCUCUACAAGUUCAUCACUGGCGCUUGUCCAAAGAGUUACGGCUUCAAUGCUGCUCGACUCGCCAGCCUGCCAGAGGUAGUCAUCCAAUCAGGACACAGGAAGGCCAGGGAGUUUGAGAAGAGCACCAUCAGCCUGAGACUCUUCAAGAAGCUGUGCCAGUUCGCUGAAGAUGCUACACUGGGGAACACACACUUUGCUUCACUCGUUCAGAUGCUCAACACAUUGUAGUUUGAAAAAAUAUGCAUUGUUCUUGCUGAAUUUUUGUUUGGUCAGCACUUGGAAAAAACACUACUGUAAUGAUCUAAUAAAGUUUAUUUUUAAAAAAUGACAAUGUUUCAUCUAGGAAAUUA